CCAUACUUACUACAUCCUGUGCCGUGUAAGUGCUUCCGGUGUGAGACUCGCGCUGGUUUGUUUUGGUUCGGACUGUGAAAGAGGGAAGUAAAGCACACGGUUCGGUUUUGUGGUGAUGUCGGAUGAGGGAAGCCCUCUCUGGGGGCUAAUGCUCGCGUCGCACGGCCCGCUAGAUGACGCGCAGCGCGCCGGCCGGAUGAAGUGCUCCAGCUGCGGCGCGUCGCGCAUGUUCUACUGCUACAGCUGCGGGGCUCUAGUCGGGCUCGACCCGCGCGAUGUCCCGAACGUCAAGCUGCCCGUGAAGGUGGACAUCAUCAAACACCCCAAUGAAACCGAUGGAAAGAGCACAGCGAUGCAGGCCAGACUGCUGGCACCUCAGGACGUCACCAUCUACACCUACCCCUGCAUCCCAGAGCUCGACACGUCUGCUGAAAACAUCGUGCUGCUGUUUCCCGGUCCGGACGCCAUGACGGUGGAGGAAUUGUGGGAACAUUUUUCUGCGGACACUUGCGGCGGAGAGCCGAGACCAAAGAGAUUAAAGGUGAAGGAACAGAGCGGUGGGGCCGAAACACACAUCUGUCCAAUUCACAGAGUGAUUUUCAUCGACAGCACCUGGAACCAAACCACAAGAAUCAUCACAGAUGAGCGCCUUCAAGCUUUACCAAACGUGGAGCUGAAGAGCAGGAGGACGUGUUUUUGGCGGCAUCAGCGAGGAUCUCCAGACACGUACCUGGCGACUGUAGAGGCCGUUUAUUACUUUCUGAAGGAUCUUCACAGUCAUUAUCUUCCUCCGUAUGAAGGAGAAUACGACAACCUGCUCUUCUUCUUCUCGUUCCUCUAUAAACUCAUCAAUAAAGCCAAACAGACAGCUGGGAAAACGCUAACGUCUGACGCGCUCCAGCUGCGAUAAAGUGACUCGGACGCCUUCAAAACUCGUCUCUUUUUAUUUCAUAGCUGAAUUCACCUCAAUUUACAGAUCCAGUGAUAUUUUCAUUUACAAAUCAACGAUUGCAUGCCAUCUCUAAUGCUCUCAGCAUGACUCAUUGAAUUGAAGGAAGGCACUUGUGUGUGUGAUAAUAA